CGACUCGUGCCGUGACGAAGGUCCUUAAGAAUUUGUUUAGUUAUCAGUUACUGUCCGUUGCUCGUCCGGUCAACUUCAACUGCGUGCAUCUGUAACGAUGAAAGACAUAAGCGUUUCGUGGUGGAAGCACGUCGAGGCUGGGCCUCCAGAUUUAAUGCUGAAAAUCGGCGAGGCUUACAGCCAAGAUCCGAGUACUGAGAAGGUUGACCUUAGCGCAGGUGUCUAUCGAGAUGAAUUGGGACAGCCGUGGGUGCUACCGUGCGUCCGUCAGGCGGAGAAAAAGAUCGCCGCGAAAAACCUCCACAAGGAAUAUCUUCCCAUUGACGGUUACGCGGACUUCAGUUUAAACAGCGUCAAGUUGGUGCUUGGAGAUGAUUCCGAGCUGAUAAAACAGGACCGAAUUGCGGUGGUACAAGGAGUUGCCGGUAUCGGUGCACUUCGCGUAUGGUUGGAAUUUUUUUCAAAAUUCCACAGAGGCCCGAAUGAGGUUUGGAUCAGUGAUCCAAGCUACGCUGCUCACGCGCCGAUAUUCAAGCUUCUUGGACCGGUGAAAAUGUACCGGUAUUACAAUUACGAAAAGAAAUGCUUCGACUACGAGGGAGUUCUUCAGGACAUAUCGAAGAUGCCCGAAGGAUCGAUUAUCCUGCUUCAUCCGUCCGCGCACAACCCCAGCGGCGUGGAUCCGAGCCCGGAACAAUGGGCGGGAAUUUCAAGGGCGAUAAAAAAGGGGCGAUUAUUUCCACUGAUUGAUAUGGCGUACCAAGGCUUGGCAAGUGGCGACCUGGACGAGGACGCUACUUCCGUCAGGAUCUUGGCUCGCGAUGGCCACCAAUUUGCACUCGUGCAGACCUAUUCCAAGAACCUGGGACUCUACGGGGAACGCGUCGGUUCAUUGAGUUUUGUCACCGCCAGUGCAGAGGAAACGGCCAGAGUGAGAUCCCAACUGAAGAUCAUCAUCCGUACGAUGUACUCCUGCCCCCCUGUAAACGGCGUUCGAAUCGCGAACGAGAUCUUCACCGAUCCUGAACUAAAGACGCAGUGGAUCAAGGACCUGAAGACGAUGACAGACAGGAUAAACUCCACUCGCAAAGCGCUCAAGAAUGAGCUGGACAAAACCGGGACGAAACUUAACUGGGAUCACGUUACCAAUCAAAUUGGGAUGUUUUGUUUCACGGGAAUCAGUCCGGAGCAGGUGAAAAGAAUGAGGGAGGAGUACAGUGUUUACGCAUCGACAGACGGCCGGAUAUGUAUCGCCGGUGUUAAUUCCAGGAACGUUGAACGGGUCGCUAGAGCAUUGCACGAUGCUACAAAGUGAGGUUAACAUGGCUGUUGCAGCUUAUAGACGGGUUUUAAUAAAGAUUUUAUGUACAGGCAUAUUGUACUGUAU